AUGUAUCUGCAAUUGACUUCACUUCUAUCAGCAUUCACGACAACCAUGAUAUCCCUUUUCCUUGUCUCUCUUCUUACGUCGUACACAUUGGCUCUGCCUCGUGAAGACACGGGCCGACCUUUUGUUCGCAUAAAGCGAUCAGGGCCUCCAAAUCAUUUAAGCCAAUUCCCACCAGCGGACUCAAUACCAGUUCUGAAGCCUCGUCACCAACGAGACCAUGACUUUGUGGACUUCAAGCAUCUCAAGCCAGGAAGUAACGGGACAUUCUAUUACUCGCAUCCACAUCACGAAGACCCGUCUAAAAAGUCUCUAUUCAUCGAAUUAACGCAUAAAUACAAGUAUCCAACUGUGAAUCUCAAUGACUCAAGUCACUACCGAGAUGUCCAGGGUAGAGAUAACUUGUUGACCAUCUUCUUCGAACAGGAAACUGCUUUCAACGAGGCUCAAGCACAAUGGAUCGGCCAAAAGGACCUACUCUUCUUGAUGUCCCCAGAUUCUGGUGGACAUAGAGGCUGGUUUCGAUGCUCGGGGCUCAAUUUCGACCACGCGCACCUCGCUUGCCAAGUACACGGCCACAAGUCUGACAUAAAAUCGAGCAUUGAUGAGUUUCAAUGCACCUGGGGGAUUCCCAAAUCUUGUCAGUCCGGUUGUGGAAAAUGUGACUGCGGGGGAGGAAAACAUCGAUGCGGAGGAGGACAUGGAGGAGGAGGUGGCGAAAAUGGUUGUGGCGGAUACCAUCCAGUCAUUCCUUGUGGUGGCCCACCUGCAGCGACGAUCAGCGGUCUCCCAACGGUUCCUUGUGGCCUGACAUUCGAUGGAGAUUUAGAUCGUAAGAUCAGCAACUUCGCAUUCUCUCGACCUGCGAACAGUCCCUUACGGGACAGCCCGGAUACAGUGAAGUUUGCCUCGGGUUACGGGAAGUGGCCAGAGUGCGUGCCUGUCGUCGUAACUAAGCGCUUCGACCUGAAUCCUAUACAUUGGGUCGAGGACGGCGCAGACGCUGUUGGAGACCUUGCGGACACUGCGGUGAAUGCGGUCAUUGCCCCAGUAAAGCUUAUUGUAGAUGUUGGCUCAAUUGUUGUGUCGGCGCUUGGCGAUGGGCUCACGGCUGUCGCAGAUUGGCUAGCCGGUGCUGCAAAAGACGUUGCCGGUUGGGUCGAACAUGCCGUCGGAUGGAUCGUUGAUAACCUUGCUCUAAAUCUGGACGGUACGGUCUCAUUGCCCUUCGACGUUGGACCAAGCCCCGAGGAAUCGUCCCCUUUUGGCAAUGCUUUCAAGAUGUACCCAAAAGCAGGCAGUUCAGAUUCCAACCUAGAAGCCUACUGUGUCCAGUGUGGAGUCCAUGGUGACCUUGACGCCAUUGGGUCUCUGCGCGUCUCACCAAUACUGGGUGUCCUUGGCGGGUCUCUCGAGUUCACUGGAUCUCUCUCAGCUGGCCUCAAUAUCGGUUUGAGUGCUCACGGAACCCAUGAUGGCAAGAUAUUCCAGGAGCAACUCGGACCCACAAUCCCACUCAGUGUGUUCGCGAUCCCCGAUGUCCUCGUCCUUGGGCCUAUGCUUAAGGUCGGAAUCGAUGCAGACGCUCAUGUCAACGCCGCCGGACAAGUCCUUGCUGGCCUCAACAUUAACUGGCAAAACUUAGACUUGUACAUCGAUCUCAUGAAUCCGUUGAACACGCGCGCUUCUGGAUUCAACAACCCUAAGGUGGACAAGAAGUUCGAACUCGAUCCUGCUAAAGGCCAACUUUCAGCAAGCGCUAGUCUGGGAAUCCCAAUUUCACUGGUGUUUGGAAUAAACGUGCUCAAUGGCCUUUUCGACCUCAGCGCUGGUCUGGAAGAUAGACCCAAUGUCAAGUUUGAGGCCAAGGUCGACCAGCCAACUUGUAAAGGUAUUGACUGGGCUGUCACCCUCAACAACGAUGUUAACGUGGUCUGGCCUGGAGGCGAGGAUACCAUUCUCCCUUUGAGCAUCCCCAUUGAUUCCGGCUGUAUCCAGGGUGUUACGAAACGUAGAAUCGACAAUGAGUACAUCACAACCAGACAACAGCUUACCACCAGAGGCGAAUUCGACCCACAAUACUGCCUUGACACCUCACCCGACCCUCAGUACAAUUACACCACUCUGCAAGACACAACAUCCAAGUACGUGCUCCUCGCCGGGCAGGAUGGAAACCUCUGGCUCGGAAACGCCGGCCAGAACUACGAUCCUAGACUCACUAAGUUCGGCUUCUCCAAAGACAUCGUCGUGGGCGAUUCAGGCCACCGCGUCUUACACUACUUCCCUGAUACCAUGACCACCUUUGGAGUUUCUCGAAUCAGACUCGGAGCCAUCGAGUUCAGUCUCCCACAGACCUCGAAUGCGAUCACGCUCGUACCAAUCAAGUACAACGGUGGCACGAAGCCUAUCUAUGUUGCGACGGAUACGCUGGGAAAUACGUAUUUCCUCGCGUGGUGCGGAUUUGCGGAUUCUGGCGCAAAGAUAUUUUUGGUGAAGGACCCAAGGAAUCUAGAUACGUUGAGGAAUAAUCAUGAUUUGAGGUGGACGGUUCUUGGUAGUGUGCCUGGGGAAUGUAAUUUAGUGGGUUUAACGAGCGACGUUGCUGGUUUUGUUUAAUGGGUAAAUGAGUAAGUAGGCUAGU